UAUGAAAUGAGCAACAUGUCCAAUGUGGGUGUAUUUUUUUUAUCUGGGUUCAGUGUGACAGUUCACCACAAAGCCGUCCUUUUCUGUCUGACGUUAUUAUGCUAUUUGUUAAUUAUCAUGGUCAAUAUGUGUCUGAUCGUAACCAUAACUCUGGAUAAAAGCCUGCAUGAACCCAUGUACAUCUUGUUGUGUAAUCUGUGCAUCAACGCGCUUUAUGGCACUGCAGGAUUUUACCCCAAAUUUGCCUUUGAUCUGUUGUCUGAUACUCCCAUCAUAUCUUACGUGGGGUGCUUUGUGCAGUACUUUAUCAUAUACUCAUAUGCCAUCAUUGAUUUUUCCGUUCUCGUUGUGAUGGCGUACGACAGAUACGUGGCUAUAUGUCGGCCGCUGCAGUAUGGCGCCCUGAUGUCGGUGCAGAGGACCUCCAUCCUCGUGGCGUUGUGCUGGUGUGUACCUCUGUGUGUGGAGCUUUGUGUGGUGACUCUGACAUCCUCACUGACACUGUGUGGCGCUCACAUAGACAAACUCUACUGUGAAAACUGGGCGGUUGUUAAACUUGCGUGCGGCUCAACGACACUGAACAACAUUGUUGGAUUGAUUGCUAUUUCCUUCUAUCUGGGCCACAUUCUCUUUAUUGUCUGCUCGUAUGUGCCGCUGGUAAAAUCAGCGUUAAAGUGCACAGAGACCAGGAGAAAGUUCACGCAGACAUGUGUUCCACAUUUGUUAUGUUUGCUCAAUGUCACAGCUGCUUUGCUUUUUGACCACAUGUACUCCAGGUACGGAUCAACGUUUGUUUCUCAGAAUGUCAAGAACUUAAUGGCGGUACAGUUUAUUGUGUUUCCACCUGUUCUCAACCCGAUCAUAUACGGGCUGAUCCUGAAAAAAAUCAGACACCGAGUUCUGACUUGGCUCAGAACUACACACCAAAGAUUCAAACUGACGCUCAAAGUUUGA